UGCUCAUUUUGAAUUUUAAAAAAUACUGAACACGGAGCAUAUUUUAACUUUUAUACGGAUUAAUCUUCUUCUUCCUCGCUUCUUCGCUUCGUCUUUUCAUCUUCUCCUUUUCUUUCUUUUGAUCACAACACUCCAUCAGCUCCUUCAAUCGGCGGCGAAGAUUUCCUAACAGCGGCGGCGGCGACGAUCUCCCAGAGGCGGCGGCGGCGAUCUCCUAGCAGCGGCGAUCUCCUAAUAGUGGCGAUCUCAUACAAUAAUAGAGUUGAAUUUUAACACUUUUGAUUUUUCUAAUAUGAUGGCCAUUCAAGGUUUACCUGGAAGUAGAUUAUCAAAUUUUGGUCAUGUUGAUUUGUGUUUUGUUCAAUCUUCUACAGGUCCGACUUUGAGACCGUCAAAUUUUGUAGAAAAUUGUACUCCAAAGAAUUCGAUUUCAUCUCCAAGAUUCACGUUUUACCCGACUCAAAUUGUGAUUAUUUUGAAACGGGCUCAGGUGAGAUUGUGGGAUAUGGAAUACCAGCAGUAAUGAAUGUUUUGAUAUGCUUUAAUAUCAGCGAAGAUUUGUAAUUUGGAGCAAAUCUGGCUUUGAGAAGUUGGAUUCAAUUUAUGGAUGAUUUGAGAAGACUUGUUCCAAGGUGGCCAUAUUUAGCUCAACAAUCAGCUUUUAUUAUUGAUGGAUGCCUUGUAGAGCACCUAUUUCAGUUGUACAAAUUUGAGUGUGAAUCUUAUUAAACAAAAGGUGGAAAAAAGACUUUUAGAGCACCUAUCUCUAUUGUACAAAUUUAAGUUAAUAUAGAGAGUGAUUUUUUUUAUUUUA